CCCUCCCUCCAUCCAUCAUCCAUCAUCCAUCCAUCCAUCAUCCAUCCGUCAUCCAUCCAUCCCUCCCUCCACCCAUCAUCCAUCAUCCAUCCAUCCAUCAUCCAUCCAUCAUCCAUCCAUCCAUCAUCCAUCCAUCCAUCCAUCCAUCCAUCCAUCCAUCCAUCCAUCCAUCCAUCCAUCAUCCAUCCUUUCAUCCAUCAUCCAUCCAUCCAUCCAUCCUUCCAUCCUCCAUCCAUCCAUCCAUCCAUCCAUCCAUCCAUCAUCCAUCCCUCCUUCCAUCCAUCAUCCAUCCAUCCAUCAUCCAUCAUCCAUCAUCCAUCCCUCCAUCAUCCAUCCAUCCAUCCAUCCAUCCAUCCAUCCAUCCAUCCAUCCAUCCAUCCGUCCAUCCAUCCAUCCAUCCAUCCAUCCACCAUUCAUCAUCCAUCCAUCCAUCUAUCUAUCCCUCCGUCCAUCCAUCAUCCAUCCAUCCAUCCAUCCAUCCAUCCAUCCAUCCAUCCAUCCAUCCAUCCAUUCCAUCCAUCCGUCCGUCCAUCCAUCCAUCCAUCCAUCCAUCCAUCCGUCCAUCCAUCCAUCCACCAUUCAUCAUCCAUCCAUCCAUCUAUCUAUCCCUCCAUCCAUCCAUCAUCCAUCAUCCAUCCAUCAUCCAUCCAUCCCUCCAUCCAUCCCUCCAUCCAUCCAUCCAUCCAUCCAUCCAUCCAUCCAUCCAUCCAUCCAUCAUCC